CCAUCUCAUCACUCCCUAAGCCAUAAAUAUCACUUACAAAAGCUUUAAACUACAGUACACAUUUGCUAUACCUCCUCCCCAUCCUGCUUCUUCGUUUUGUUUUGUGUGCUUAUUUGCUUGGUCAUAGAAGGAAAAGAUAAUAAAGAUGCAAAUGGCUCCCCUCAGAAGUCAAUGCAACAAGAAAGAAGCUAAUAGAGGAGCAUGGACCGCUGAAGAAGACCAGAAAUUGGCACAGGUUAUUGAAAUCCAUGGUCCAAAGAGAUGGAAAUCAGUUGCAGCCAAAGCAGGUCUGAGUAGAUGUGGGAAGAGUUGUAGGUUAAGAUGGAUGAAUUAUCUUAGGCCAAACAUCAAGAGAGGCAAUAUAUCAGACCAAGAAGAGGACUUGAUACUCAGGCUGCAUAAACUCCUUGGAAACAGGUGGUCUUUGAUUGCUGGGAGAUUACCUGGUCGGACUGAUAAUGAAAUCAAGAACUAUUGGAAUUCUCAUUUGAGUAAGAAAAUAAAGCAAGAUGAAAAACAAAUUAGAGUUUCAACGAAACCAGAGUCUAAGAUAGUGAAACUGGGCACAGAAAAAACAAGUGUAGAAGAAGGAACUUCUAAUGCAGAUAAGGAUUCAAAAUAUAGUUUAUCUAGAGAUGAGUUCUUGGAUUGCUAUAACGAGCCUCUAAACUUGGAGUGGAUGAGUAGAUUUUUUGAAAUGGAUGAGAGUUGGUUUCACUUUGCAUGAUAAUUUAAACUUAAUUUUCAUGUAUUUUUCUAGUUCUUAUUUUUUUUAUUUUUUUUAUUUUUUGCAUCUUUUUUAAUUUUGAUGCGACUCUUUGUAGGUAGAGCACCCUGUUCUAGUUGAGAAAACGUACAUAGAUUUUUUUGGAUACAAAUAUUAUAGUUUUAGAUUUCGCAUCAUAAUAACAUUGUUAUUUUGGUUAAGGGAAUCCCUUUGAAAGAAAAAAACAUGACAUAAAUCAAAAACCGAAAAAGUGACUUGUUACAUUAUUGAAACGUACGUGCAGACAUCCACAAGAGAUGAACAAGAUAAAUACAAUAGCAACGGGAGAUAACUGCCACUAAAGUUAGCUCAGUACAGGCUUUAUAAACACAACUGGACCAAAUCUUCGUUCAAUAAGUUUUACUGCAUUAAAUUCGUUUUACAAAAAUAUACCUUUCUCCUCUUCGCUUUUGGUUUGGCAGUAUGCUAAAACUCAGGUUUGAUUGAACAAGGAUAAAGAGUAUGAAUUGGGUCCGGGGUCCA